ACUAUCUUACUUAACUCAAAGUAACACCUUAUCCACAAAAGGCAAAACAAACCACGAAAGACUCUCUAAUUUGACUUUGGAGCUUACUGAUCUAGUUCAUAGUCAACUCUACUACAACAUUUUAUUUUUUGUUGGAAACAGGUAACCAACAAGGUGUACGUCAGAACACCACCCUCAAGAAAGAAUUUUUUUUUUUUUUUUUGGAAAGAAGUUUAGUCCUACUGCCUAUAUAACAGUCAGUCUGCUAAGCUUGCCUAUAUUUUCAAUUAUAGACCCCCAAAUUUCUUAAUAGGUUAACCGAACCGGCUAUCCGCUUACGAAGACAAAAACUGAGCAAAAUUGGAUUGAGCACAUUUAUCCCGCAUUCGCAUUUUCGAUUGACUGGAAGUGAUCUGAUUCCCAAAAUAGGCGUUCCGGUUUUAAUAUUAAACGACCUUUAAAUACCCGAAAGGUCCACUCAAUUGUUUUUAUACAUAUUUUCAUCCAACCUACCGUACUUCACUUGAGUGAGAUACGUCUUAGCCCACCCCACUUAUUUAUUGAACUGGUCAUGUUUGAAGACACUCUUUGUGUGGUAGAUGGAAACCCUUGUGAACAAGGUUCCCUCUAUUGCAGUGACACCUGUCGAGAUGUUGAUCUUUCCGAAAUUGAUAAUGUAUUCUAUAACGGGAAUGGCUCACUCGAUAGUUUGACUGAACCAAUGUCUCCUGAUGUCUUUGCACAAACUGAGAUCCAGUCACCUGACUACCUUUUAUAUGCCUGCUGCUUCUGCAAGGCGACCCACGCAGCUGCAUCACCUUGCGUGGAAACCAACUACACAUUAAAAUCCAACAAUACUAACCUUGAUGAUCAAGAUACGAGAAGUUUCUCUAUCCUGACUAUGUCUAACCCAACUAUUCUUGAAACUUUACAACACUACACAGAAGAUAUAGACGAAGAAGACAUGUCGGUGGCAAGAAGUAAUCAUUUCAUACAGCAUAAUUACAGGAAAUGGCUUGUAAUGGGGAAGGCUUAAUCGGGAUUAGGUAUUCAUAUUUUAUAUUCUUUUAUAAAUGGUUGUUAUGAAGUCGGUUCAUAAUGCCAAGGGGUUCAAUUUGGGGUUUAUUUAGUUAUUAAUAGGUUGCUUUUCGUUUUAAUAUAUGGCGCACUACAGUUA